AUGGCGGUGGCGCGGCAUUUCACGGCGCAGCCGUGGCAUAUUGCGCCCAGUAGAUACAAUGCAGCACGAUGCAGGCAGCGGCGACACUUCUUAGUGGCUGGCGCCCAGCAGCAAGAGGGCCUGGUGGCCGCCAGCACCAGCCACACGGCCGAGGCUGCCGCUCACCUGGCGCAACCGAUAGCAGACAUCGCGGCCCGCGCGGCGGCGGCGCCCCCGCCCCAGGCCGACACCGCGGCGGCGGCGCCGCUGCUGGGCCCCACGCCGCUCGCCGCGCUGCUGCUGGGCGGCGCGCUGCUGGCUGGCUACGGGAUCAAGAAGGUCUACGACACCCCCUCCCGCUCCUACGACCAGAAUGUGGGGCAGGAGUACGAUGCGUGGACUGAGGAGGGCGUGCUGGAGUACUACUGGGGGGAGCACAUCCACCUGGGCCACUACAGCGAGGAGGAGCGGCAGCGCGGCUACAAGAAGAAAAACUUCAUCCAGGCCAAGUACGACUUUGUGGAGGAGAUGCUGAGGUGGAGCGGGUGGGCCUGCGCCGACGUGAGCGGCGACGGCGGCGUCCCCAAGAUCCUUGACGUCGGCUGCGGCAUCGGCGGCACCUCGCGCUACCUGGCAGCCAAGUUCCCGCAGGCCUCGGUCACGGGCAUCACGCUGUCCCCCAGCCAGGUGCAGCGCGGCACCGAGCUGGCCGCCGAGCGGGGGCUGAGCAACGCCAAGUUCCAGGUGAUGGACGCCCUCAGCAUGGACUUCCCCGACAACUCCUUCGACCUGGUGUGGGCGUGCGAGAGCGGGGAGCACAUGCCCGACAAGAAGGCUUACGUGGACGAGAUGGUGCGCGUGCUCAAGCCGGGGGGCACCAUUGUGAUCGCCACCUGGUGCCAGCGCGACGAGACGCCAGAGGCGCCCUUCAGCGAGCGUGACCGCGAGCGGCUGACCUUCCUGUAUGAGGAGUGGGCGCACCCUUACUUUGUGUCCAAGGAGGAGUAUGGGCGCAUCAUGGAGGCCACCGGCGAGCUGUCCGGGGUGGGCCUGGCCGACUGGACCCCGCAGACCAUCGACUCGUGGCGGCACUCCAUCUGGGUGGGGGUGUGGGACCCUUGGAUCGUGGUGCUCAAGGGGCCGCGCAUGUGGUACAAGGUCACCCGCGAGAUUGUCACGCUGGAGCGCAUGCACCGCGCCUUUGCAGACGGGCUCAUGGAGUACGGCAUGAUGAAGGCCACCAAGAAGAAAGCCUAGCCCGACGACGAGCGCCCCGGCUGGGGAUACACUUGAAACUGGGAUAUUUUUGGAGCGAUGAGUGCACCCCGUUGCGACGCCUGUCGCGUUCCUGACCAGCACUGACAAAAUGCACGCCUGCGCCACCACCAGCCUGGCUCGCCGUACCACCAGCACAGCAGUUUGAUGUGGCGGCUUGAUGUGGCUCUUCAUGGCGCGCCCACCCACACCGUUUAUUGGCCAGUUUUAUUUCUGUCAAAUGCUCCUGUCAACCCACGCUACAGGAA